GUGACGUUUGGCGUUUUACCAACCUCUCCUCCAUUUUACCGCCGGUGCUUGGAUAUAUGUAAAAAUACAAAAUCAUUAAUUUUAAAAGUAAAGUUAUUAAUAAAAUUAGUGAAAUUAUUUGAAGUAUAUCGUAAAAGCUGUAACGAUAAAAAUGGAAACCGCCGAAGAGGUUAAAAAUAUUACUGAGACAAGUAAUAAUUUCGUGCUCACCCCCGAAAUGGCAAAACCUUUGAAAUGCUCGUUUUGCAACUUAUAUCUUUCGUAUCCUCCUGUUUACAUGACAACCCAAGAUGAUGUAAGGUACAAAUGUGGUAGGUGUAUAGUUAAAACGCGAUUUAAUUUUCGAGAUGUAAUGUACGAAGAUUUAGCCAAGAACAUGAAAUUUCCCUGUAUCUACAAAGAUUGUAAAGAAGCUCUAACUUGGAAUGAUGUGCGAGAUCACGAAACGAAUUGUGAAUAUCGUACAAUACCAUGUAUUGCAUCUAAUUGUCAAGAAGCAGUAUUGGAAUCCAACUUUGCUUCCCAUUUUAAAGAGAAGCACAAAAACUUGUAUCAUUCCAAUAAGAUAGUUCUAGAUACGCUCCAUAGUAGUGGUGGAGUGUGUGUUUUAGAAAAAGACGGUAAAUGUUACGUCUUUUUUUAUGAUACCAAUAUUGAUAAAUUGAGGAUGUGUUUAACUGGAAUUGAUGGCAUAGAUAAACAGUUUGAGCUCAUUUUUAAAUCUAAAGAUAGCAAGAAUUCUAUUGUGAUAACUGAACACAAUAUAAUCCAGUACAAUAGCCGCGUGCAUUGUUACAAGUGUCUCAAAGGAGAGUGCAAACUUUCAUAUCACUUGUAUUGCACUUAUAGAAAGGGGCUUUUGAAAUAUGCCAAUGGACAAAUAAACAAAGAUAUACUGAAACGUACGUUUGGAAAUGAAUAUUCUUGUGUAGUUAACGUAGUUGAUGAAAAAAUGGAAGCCGAGAAUGAUGAUGAGUUGGAUGAACUGCUUAUGGGUAAAGAUGUCGUUAUUGAUGAAGUUACUGAAGAUGAUGAUGAAGCUGAAGCCGAGAAACAAUCUCAUCCUAUUAAAACUGAUGUUAUUAAGGAACAAUUGAAUUGUCCAGGCUGCAAUCAACAACUUUCUGCUCCUAUUUUCCAGUGUCUAUCAGGUCAUGUUGUUUGCAAAGAAUGUAAGACUAAAGCUGAAGAUUCCAAAUGUUUAACUUGCGAAUCGAAAAUAGAAAACACUAGAAACUAUAUAAUUGAAGAAGCAAUAACGAAUUUGAAGUUGUGUCCGAUAAUAAAUGAUGUGGAAGAAAAAGAAAUAAUGUGUCCAACUUCUAAAUGUCAAGAGAUGUUGAAACCAUCCGCCAUCAGCACUCAUUUCAAGGAGAGCCAUCUUGAAAAUUUCCAUUUCAACAAGGUAAUUCUGAAGAACAUUUAUGGUUAUUACAAUGUAGAUGUAUUGGUGAAAAAUGAAAAAACUUAUCUUCUGCUUUUCGAUUUCGAUGACUUUAAUUUCGGCAUCAGCGUAUGUACAUUGGAGGCCGAAGAUGAAACCUACGAAAUCAAACUGUUAUCUGAUAAUAAGAAAGCUUAUAUAAUCGCCAGUGACCAAAAAGUUGUAAAGUUUAAUCAUAAGGAGCAUUGUUUCAAGUGUUCAAUAGGUACCUGCGGUAAUACCGACCAUACUUUCAAACAUAAACACAAGGAAGUAUUCCGCCAUCUCACCACGAAAAUAAACAGAGACUGUGUGAAAAAAGCUUUCAAAUCGAGCACUUUCAGCUACCAGAUCCAAAUUUCCGAACCGAAAACUAACAAAACCGAUAAAAUAAUCAGACAGUUAUUCGAAUGCUUCAUUUGCAAGGACUACAUGGUACCUCCCAUCUAUCAGUGCGUCGCAGGACAUUCCCUGUGUAAUGACUGCAAAACGAAGGUAGAAAAAUGUCCGUCGUGCGAAAGUAAAAUUGAAGAAACAAGAAACAUCAUAUUGGAAAAUAUAUCAGAGACUGUUGAAUUGCCUUGCAGUUUCGAAUCUAAAAAUUGCACGUUCAGAGCUGGUGUUAAAAGAGUGGCGUCUCACGAACAGGAGUGUCCUUUAAAUACUAAAAAGCAGCGUAUGGAAAAUUCCAAGGAAACAACUACUAAUGGUGAUGGAGCUACGGUGAAAACCGAAGAUACUAAGGAUACCAGUACUUCUACUCCUCCAGAAGAAGGCGUUAACUCCAAUGAAACGGUAAAGGAAGAAGCAAUGGAAACUACAACUGACCAAACAGAGGAAAAUAAAAAUGAAUCUGCAGAUGUUAAAGUAGAAGAGGCUAUUUAAGUAUGGCAGUUUCGUGCAUUAUUCAAAUUACUCCUGUACGAAUGAUUUUUAAUAAAACAUCUGUAGUUUGCACAACAUCCUUUUUUCGAUAAUUUUAAGUUGCUUUAAAAUCAUUUUAUAUUAUAAUCACUUUUUUGUUAG